AGCUCUGGAGGGGAAGUAUGGCUUACAGUGUCUUCUUUGGCCGAAUUCAAUAAAAAACUGAACCAAACAUUUGAGAGACAAUUAGAGCUGAAUUGGAGACGAGUUCCCGUUGGGGACGACAUAUGGAUCGGACUGUUUGGUGAGAAACCCAAUGAAGAAACACUGCUAAAAAUGGGCAAAAACUACUCAAUCGAAUCGUUGGCUAUUAAGGGAGAGGCGUCUGGA